AUAAAGGAGAAGAUUAUAUGGUUAGAAACUGUUUGCGUUGUCAUUCUCCAUUGACGGUCUCCUUGACAACACGGACGGAAGUGGCGUUGAUUUUCGCGCAAGGAAACUCGUCCCGCUCCUGGCGCGCCAAAUUUCAAAGCACUUCCUGGGGAGAGGAGGCGAUAAGAUUUACCACGGGGCGCAAAUAAAAGGCUCGCGUAGCGUUUUACAAAACGUAUACCUUCGUGUUCGGGAAUGAAGAUCAGCUAUUGAUCAUCUCGCCGGACCGCUACCAGUCCACUUCUGAUGUUUAAUUGACCCGUGCUGCAGCGUUUUAGUUUGCCCUUUUAAAUAUUUUUUUAAUAUUUUAGCAUGGCGUAUUUUAUUUAAUAGGGAAAAGAAGCUUUUCUAAGAGUCCUGUUUGAAAGCGUUCGAUGGAGGACGUCUGUGUGAGUGCUCUGUGUUGAGGUUAUUUGUGGGCCGUCAGCAUGUCGUCAGCGGUCCAGCCGUGCUUUCAGUUGUUGAGGAUUGGAGUGUGUGACGCAGACAACGGUGACUCUCAGGGAAACGCGUCGUCAGACUCCGUCCGUGACCUGUACACUUUCCGGCCCGCUCUGGCCCGGUGUGUGUUUCGUCUGGGACGUGCCACGGAGCUGUGUGACGUCACUCUGGAGUCCAUGGUCGUGUCCCGUAUCCAUGCGGAGCUCCACGUGGAGAGAGAACCUGACGCCUCUGGAGAAGAGAGCUGGAAAGUGCAAGUGAAGGAUCGCAGCAGUUAUGGCACAUGGGUAAAUGACAUGCGCCUCCAACAAGGGGUCUUAAAGGAGAUCUUUGACGGCGACACGCUCACCAUCGGCGGCCAAUCAGGACGGGCCAGUCCAGAGUUCUACUUCCUUUUCCAGAAAGUACGGGUCCGUCCGCUGGACUUUGACGCCAUCACUGUGCCCAAAGCGGGCUCCUUCUCGUCCGACAUAAAGAACCGGAUCAGAACGAGCUCGGACCGUAAACCCGACCCGGCUCUGGACAUCUCGAAGCUGUCCAUCAACAGAGCCACGGUCAUCCUCAACUCCAUCGGCAGCCUGAGCAAGAUGAACGGCAGCUGCUGGACCUUCAAGAAGAGCGAAAACACCUUCAGCACGCCGCCCUUCGCCGCUCUGGCCCCGCCCACCACUCCGCCUCCUUUCCAGGCCGUGGGAGAGAUUUCAUCCAAGUCUGUCCCGCCCUCCUCAAAGAGCCGGCGUAAGUCCGCUCACACGGUCCUGCUGGAGGACGACAGCUCGGACGACCCGGCGAGCCGCAGGGACCUGGAGGACGGCCGCAGGGGCCAAGCCAAGAAGAGACGGCGGCUCUACAAAUCAGAGUCCGAGGUGUUUCAGCCCCCUCCGCCCAAACUGGACGUGAUCAAACACUCCGCCGCCAGCGUCUUCAGCGUGCCGCCCACCCGGCAUAUCCUGACCGUAUCGAGUCACGCCAAAGGCAACGGCAUCGGCAUGACGCCCCUGCGCCCGCAGAAGCCCUGCUUGUCUGGUCCCGGCAGGAGGCCGAGGGCCCACAGCUCUCCCGUAUUCACCGGCCUCGGGGGGGGAUGUGAGAGUUACGGCCUGACCUCGCCGGCAGCCAGGAUGAGCAAGACCGACAAGAGCAGGGCCGUGAUGUCUCGCUUCCAGGCCUCCACUGGGCGUCGACGUGGAAGGCCCAGAAAGCACCCUCUGCCUCAGCCUUCCCUGCCGUCUCCCUCUUCAUCCUCCUCCUCCAGCUCUUCCUCGUCGUCCUCGUCCUCCUCCUCGUCCUCGUCGUCCUCAGAAGAUGAAGAUGAGUGCGUGCCUGCGUGUCAGGCCGUGGAGCCGUGCGCGGCGUCUCGCUGUCGUCUCCCGCAGCAGGACACGGUGCAGUGGAUCCAGUGUGACGACUGCGACGCCUGGUAUCACCUCGACUGCUUGCCGCACAACCACAACCGAGACUCGCUGCUCCUCGACCCCAGCGCCGACUUCCGCUGCGGCUGCCAUCGCUCCAGACACCGCUGACGGCCAGCCGCUUUGAACUGGUCCGGAUGCAGGGAGGGUGUUGGAUUUGCACAAGAGCGUCCAAACACCGGAUGCUUUCUGACUGCUUCCGGUAUACAGAUCUAUUCAAUAUACUCCAAUGAAACCUUUAAAAUGCCAAAAAAAAAAAAAAAAAAAUGAAAUAAGCUUGCAUAUGAAAAUGGGAAUUUAUAUUUUUAAAAGAAUGAAUUAUGGAGGAGGAUUUGGCUGGGCUUUGGUAUCUAAACAUGCUUAUUAGCUGGUAUAUAACAUGUUAUCAUUGAAUACUGUAUGUUUGAGAAUGAGCGAUGAGGAUAUAUAUAAUAUGAUGUCUCGUUCAAGCAUUACUCUGGCUUUUUAUGUAAUUUCAGAACUUUUAGUAACAAUCAAAUCACCUUUCUGUGGUCAGUGAACCCCUCGGGCUGUUUCUUCAUCAGAACACAUUCAGAGACUUUUCCUUGUCCUUCAGCAGUGAAUGGGUGCCGUCAGAAUGAGAGUCCAAACAGCCGAUGAGCCGCGCCGCUCCAAUCAGUUAACAUCCUGUGAAGGACAAAAGCUGUGUGUCUGUAAGAAACAAAUCUGUCAUUGAGGCGUUUUAACUUUAAACCGCUGCUUCCGGGCAAAAUAUUAGUCCCGUGAUCACACUUCAUCUAUCUUCUGUAGUCCGCUCACAUCAAAAUCCACCAACAUGUUCAUUCUGAACUGGCCUGCUUUUGCUCAUAAAUAGUGUUCGAUCCCUGCAUUCAGACGAGACGAUUCAAAACAGGACUUGCAUACUCCAAGUGAAAACUUUUGAAAACGCAUUGAUUGAUGGACUGGAGAGGUGUGGCUUACUUGGGAUGUUUUUAUCAGCCGCUUGGACUCUAAAUCCGACGGCACCCAUUCACUUCAGCUUCGCUUUCUCCAAAUCCGUUUUAAAAGAAGAAACAAACUCCUUUAUAAAGGUGAUGGCGUUUUCGUAUCUUGAACUCUCCAGCUUGACCUUUGGUCCGCGCGCACGGUUGUUUCCUGUAAUUAAGACGCUUCCUCGACUAACCCCCGUCUAGCGGUGUCCGUCUGUAAGAAUAGAGUCUGUGGUAUGAAUGUUAAAAGAUACUUUCACUGUCUUCACUUUAACUCAACGUUCUAGAAAUGACAAAUGACUUCUGUCACAAUCUUUGUCUUGUUGGGAAUCAAGGGCUGAAUAAAGAGUUCUAUAUUUAAAUAUGA